UAGAUCUGCUUGGACCGUUUACGGGUUAAUAAAUAACGUUGUUUUCCCAGAUGUGUGGUGCCAAACUGUGAUGACAACAGUAGCCAUUACGAGGAGAUCUUCACAGAGUGGGCCAUCCCAGAGGGUGACCAGUGUCAUGUCUGGACACUCAAGGACAACAUUACUGACCAAUGUCAACCAGAUGUAUUUUCUAACUCAACUACAUCUUGCUCACAGUGGGUUUAUGAUACAUCAUUGUUCUCUGCAACUACUGUCACUCAGUUUGACUUAACAUGUGAAAAAGCUUGGCUUCGUCCUCUUGGUGGUUCAAUGUACAUGAUUGGUAUGUUAGUGGGAGCCAUUGUUAUUGGUGAUUUAGCUGAUCGAUUCGGAAGAAAAAAGGCAAUCUUGGUGUCAGUACUUCUACUUGGUACUGGUGGAGUUACAUGCUCAUUGUCUCCUAACUACUACAUGUUCCUGUUGAUGCAGUUCUUCACCGGUGCUGGAGGCUGUGGCCUCGUUCUUGCCACAUAUGUCUUGACUCUAGAGUUUAUUGGUGGUAAAUGGCGCACAUUUUGUGGAAUAAUCAUUCACAUAGCACUUGCACUUGGUGAAGCUAUGACUGGAGUGUUGGCUAUCUUCAUCAGGGACUGGCGAUGGCUGCACGUUGCUAUCACUGCUCCUGCUUUCCUGCUUAUUUCUUAUAUUUGGUUAAUGCCAGAGAGUGUACGAUGGUUGGUCGCUGAGGGUCGUUAUGAUGAAGCCAAGAACAUUAUACAGAGAGUUGCUCGAGUCAAUAAUGUUGAGGUACCAAGACAUCUGAUGGACGCUCAUAACGUCCAGUCUCGUCCUGUUGAUGGAACAGUGUCAGUAACCAACAGUAAUAUUGCACUUGUGAAUGAAACUAGACAGGAAACACAGAUCAAGAAGACUGUUAUUGACCUUCUGAGAAGCCCUGUUAUGAGGAUAAGAUCCUUCACCGUGUUUUUCUUCUGGUAA